AUGGACCAACCAAUAGAUAGUUUAACUCGAGCAACAUCUGAUACCAAAGGGAGGCGGUUCGGCGUUCUGACGAUCUCUUCCAAGGAUAUCUUCGAAGAAUGCCCUCCAUUGAGAACUCCCCUCCAGAAGGGCCUUAGCCAACAGAUCCCAGCAAGGAUCCCCAAUGCAUGCCAGUUCAGCUCCCCAGAUCCUUGGUUUCCCAAGUCUGCACGGAUCUCAGCAUCCCCCUGUGCUUUGCUCAUUGCUCUGAAUCUGAUUUGCUCUGACUGGGGAUGUUGUGGUAAGUGGGAUGUCAAGCAAUCAUUGGUCGAGCGGUUAGCCCAAGUUUGGGUGCUGCAGCGCGUCGCGUCUUUUGAUACGGAAAUAUUACGGUGUCAGAAGCAUGGUCGUGGACGUGGACGUGGACGUGGACCAGAUGUAGAGGGUGAAGAUCCAUGGGUAAUGCCGGGCAUCGAUGUUUGGGUUGGGAAGGGGAAAAAACCUUUGACUUUACCAAACAAUAGCUAUGUUUACGGAGUCGAGAGCAAAACAGACACAUCCACUCACAGUCCUCAGACAGUUAUCGCCAGCUGCGGGAUCAGAACACAUAGAACCCCAUCUCUGAACACACUGUCUAUACAGUUAACUAGGGAGUCGAGAUCCAAGGAAAAGUAA